UUUAGUUCUUACUCUUUUUUUGUUGUUGUUUGUGUGUGUGUGCUACUACAUAACGAGCAAAGCUGUACAUGGCUAUAGUUGGCUGUCAGAAUGUAAAAGGAACUCAUUACACGUACUGACAUGUCUUAAAAGUUACCACUUUUACUUCUGCUGAGUCUAGUCUGUCAAUAAAUGACGCUUUAAAAGCUCCAACGUCAGCUAUGUUCACUCGUAAGACGGCGUUUGGAAGAACUACAUAUAGUUCACGAUGCAAAAGUGGGUGAUAAGUGUCCUUCGGUGCGCGCCAAGACAAGUAUGUUCGACUAAUACGCGUACUGCAGCUAGCACGUUAGCUUAGCUAAGUUCUGGGUAACUUUAUUCCAUGCAACUUUAAGGGACCGUCGUCAAAGUUGCAGGCGCCUACAGAGAUAGAGUGCAGUGUGCGGUCAUUCCUUCACUGUGCCACUUUAAGUGAAACGGGGAGCCUUGAAACCUCCAUGUUUGUAUCUUGAAAAUUGUGAGCGGAGUCGAGCACCAUAUUGAAUCAAAGUUGCCAACUCCUUGACAAAUGUUUAGUAACUUUUGGACUUCAAAGUUGAGCGGGCAGCCGAGUGGACGACGACAGCCGGAGAGUAAUGGACGCGCUGUAGGCGAAUUGUUGCGAUGUUUCCCGAGGCGCUUCGACUCCGAUUUUCUUCAUGUUAAGUUGUUUUAAUGCGGCGCCGAGUGAGCGAGCUGUGUCUAACUUUAAAGUGUAAGGUCAGCACUCUGGACCAGACCUGGAUGUGAUGGACAAUCCGUCCUCAGUGAUCACACAAGUCAGCCGGGAUGAAGAGGGCAACAAAGCCGCGGCAGAGAGGGGCUCUUCUCCCUCUCUGUCCUCUAAGAAGCCCAGGAGUGGAGGCCUCUUCUCCAGCCUCUUCUGCUGCCUGUGUCGGGACCAGCCCGAGCCCACGCCAGUCAACAACAACGCCCCUCUGCUGGUUGAAGAGAAUGGAACUGUUUCCAAGGUGAAGCCGCUGCUGCCUCCAGUGAAGUCAAAAGACUCUGGGAAGAUCUGUGUGGUCAUAGACCUGGACGAGACGCUAGUCCACAGCUCUUUUAAGCCUGUGAACAAUGCCGAUUUCAUCAUUCCAGUGGAAAUUGAUGGAACAGUACACCAGGUGUACGUCCUGAAGCGGCCCCACGUGGACGAGUUCCUGAAGAGGAUGGGAGAACUGUUCGAGUGCGUCCUGUUCACCGCCAGCUUAGCCAAGUAUGCAGACCCUGUAUCUGACCUCCUGGACAAAUGGGGCGCCUUCCGCUGUCGCCUCUUCCGGGAAUCGUGCGUCUUCCACAGGGGAAAUUACGUGAAGGACCUGAGCCGCCUGGGUCGCGACCUGAACAAGGUCAUCAUCGUGGACAACUCCCCGGCCUCCUACAUCUUCCACCCCGACAAUGCAGUGCCCGUGGCCUCGUGGUUCGACGACAUGUCCGACACCGAGCUGCUCGACUUGAUCCCGUUCUUCGAGAGGCUGAGCAAAGUGGACGACAUCUACACGGUCCUCAAGCACCAAGGCACGGCGAGCUAACGGCGCUUCCGCGUCCCAUCGGCCUCCGCUCGGAACCCAGUGUCACUGCCAACCACAACUCGGCUCCACCACCUCCUCCAUGUUAUAACAACAAAAACAACAAAAAACAGAUUCUGUCUGGGAGUCUUUGGCUGCCACCUGCUGGCCAGACAGAAUAAUGACCACGUAACAACAACAACAAACCCCCCCCUCCCCACAUGAAGCAGCUUAUGUGCGUGAAUGGAUGAAUGAAUGUUUAAGGACAUGUGUCACUGGACUUCACAAAGUUCAACUUUUGAACAAAAAAAAACCACAACACAAUAAUCCAUGAGGAUUAUUAUGAUAUUCCAGCAUCAAAUAAAACGAGGAGGAAAUGUCCUCAUGUAGGAGAGCGAAAUUAAACUUUCUGCAUAGGAAGAACUCUGAGAAAAUUAAAAAUAAACAACCCAUUCGAAAGUGAAAGUGAAAGCCUGAAAUGGACAAUAAUGAAAGGAUUUUUUCUUUCUUUCUUUCUCCUGAAAACCUUUGCGAAAGGAAAACAAACGUGACACCGGCGGAGGAGCGUGGAUUUCCCGUCAUGGUAUAGAAAUUGACGAGCCGUAACGCUUCCACCUGUGUUGUAGAUGUCACAGACACACAGAGAGGACCAGGACGGACUGUGCAAAAGAAAAAAUGCUGAGUCGUAACAGAGGCUCUGUUUCUACUUGUUUUAAAGCCACACACACACACACACAAAACUUGAAUUUCUCACAGCAUUUACAGACUGUGUUUGAGCAAAGUGAGUCAAGAAAGUUUUUUCCUCCUCCUCCUCCUCCUCCUCCUUUUUAAUGAAGCGGUACACAUACGCUGGAAACUAUUUCAGGACUUUGUAACACAAUGUGUGUAGCCGGAGAGUGUAUGUGUGUGUCUCGAGGAUUAUGUGAGGUGUUGUUUUAAAUUUGCUCGAGAUUUAAAGGUCAAAUCCACCUAAACUUCCUGUAUGAUCUCUGUUCGUGACUAAACCGUUGUGCGAUGAUUCCAAUGCGGCUGCAGCGAAGGUUUAACACCCAUUUGUGUGUGUUUGUGUGAGUGAGAGGCUAUUUGUUUUUAGGGUGGCAGAUGUGGAGUUACCAUAAACGCGGAGUCUGUGCUGCUUAAUCGAUCAGUUCUAAGGAGCAGCCUCAGACUCUCCGCAUGCAUUGACAAUGCCGCGUGUUGACACUGAUGAAUGAUCCUCGACAGAACAGGAACGACAAUUAAGCAGGUCCACCGUGUCGAGAGCUUAUCUUGUUAAUUUUCUAUGUUUUAACACCUUUUUUUUUUUUUUCAAUCAAAAUUAGUCUGUUUCCUUCUCUAAAUAAUUACUGAUUUUAAUGAUUUUUCGGCCCAGGAGUCGUCUUCUCAUACAGUAUUUACACUCACACGUUCAUUUUUUUUCUUCAUGCAACACUCGGUCGCUUACCUCGUGUAUUAAUACAUGUAUGAAUCAGAAACACCAGCAGCUGACUUAAAAAAGAAAAAAAAGAAGUAUGUCGCCUCUCUCAGCACGCAACAGGCUCAUGUGUAUUUUUUCAUCUAUGACGUGUCUCACUUAGGUUGAUACAUGUUUUAUUUUUUAUCCAUUGGCAAAGAUUGAGUAUUUAUAGGAACUUUCAGUCAUUUGAUAACAUGCAAAACAAGUGUCGUGUCACUACGUUGGGCCCAUUUGCUGAUACUGUACUUCUUACACAUUCAGUAGAUAUGUAUAUUUUGUUUUGCACAGUAAUAAAAGCAAACAAAUGUCAUUAAUAUAUGGAAUAUUCACGUUACUGUACUCAUGAUUCAAUAGAUGUAACCUAAUUUCUUUUUUUUGACCUUUUCGUUGUUUUAUCAUACCAAAUUAUAUAUUAUGGACUUUAUGUAAUGAUGUCAUUUUCUUUCCCCAUAAAUGCUAAACGAAAGUUGGUCCAAGUGCUGUUUUAUCAAGUAUUUUUUCCUUCUUCUCUGCAACUAAAUAUUUGUGCACACCAUCAAUGAUGAAAAUCUGAGAAUAAUUGACAGAAAUCCUAAAAUAAAAGGUCAAAGUCCA